AUAAAAGCGAAUUUAAUGCGGCGUCUGUGACUGCUAGGUACUAGUAUUAUUAUUAUUAUUAUUAUGAUGACGCCAGAGUCGAAGACAACAACAACAACAAAAGCAACACCAGCAGCAGCAGCGACAGCAGCAACAACAACGCCCAAUACAAUGGCGCAUACACAAAAGCCAGCAGCGACGUCAGCGUCGACAGCGCUGCAAUUGUCAACGCUGGCAGCGGCUAAAACGAAGUCGGCUAAAAGCUUUGUCAGCAAUGUGAAUAACAACAACAACAACAAUAAUAAUAUAAAUAAUAAUAAUAACAACAACACAAGUAGCAAAAAGCAGGCGACAAAUGUUGAUAAAAUGCAAAUGCAAAAACAGCUACAAAAUGUGACGACAAACGGCGUCAAAGUAAAAAGUGAAAACACAACAAAAAACAGCAGCAGCAACAACUGCUGCAAAUGCAACUAAUGCAUUUACAACAACAACAACAACAGCAGUGGCAGCAAAGGCAUUGCUGGAGAAAAAAAAGCAUAAAGAAAGAAUCAACACCUCCAGCAACAACAACAUCGGCAGCCGAGGGCAACAGUUCAUCAUCAGCCUCGUCAUGUUCAUCGACAUCGUCAUCGUCAUCGGCAUGGUCGACAACCAACUCGGAGGAUGCAUGCAGCAGCAACGGUGGCGCCUCAGCGGAUGAGGAGCCCACAACCGCAGAAGAGGCGCCGGCAACAACAACGUCAACGACGACGUCGCUGAUGAUGACAACGCCACGCCCCGUGCUUCUAACUGCCGUCAAUCCGCAUAUAAUCUGCCACUUGUGCCAGGGGUAUCUGAUCAAUGCGACGACCAUCGUGGAAUGUUUGCACUCGUUUUGCCACAGUUGCCUCAUCAAUCACCUGCGGAAGGAUCGCUAUUGUCCACGCUGCGAGAUGGUCAUCAACAACGCCAAGCCGAACAUCAAAUCGGAUACCACAUUGCAGGCUAUUGUGUAUAAACUCGUGCCAGGUCUCUACGAACGGGAGCUAAUGCGCAAACGCGCCUUCUACAAGGAUCGUCCACAGGAGGCGGCCUUGGCCACGCCCGAACAACGUGGCGAUGACACCGAGCAUCUAAUCUUCAGUCCCUCCGAUGAUAUGUCGCUGUCGCUUGAGUUUGCUGAACUUGGCGAAUUGAAUGCCGAAUCCGAAUUGGAAUUCGGAGAUACGCUCCGUCCACGAUAUUUGCAGUGUCCGGCGAUGUGUCGAGUGAGUCACCUGAAGAAGUUCGUCUACGACAAGUUCGAGAUUGAUGCGCAUCGCUUCAGCAUCGAUCUCAUGUACAAAGUGAAGACAAUUGUGUUGUUGGAUUAUUACACGCUCAUGGAUAUCGCUUACAUUUACACGUGGAAGCGGGAUGCACCGAUGCGCUUCUAUUUCCGUGUCUACGAAUCACCGCAACCUUUGGUUAAGCCACAGCCAGCCAUGAAGCCGCAAGUUGCAGCAGCUCCAGCUCCAGUUGUUGCUCCAGUUGCUGCCCCGUUGCCUGCAUUGCCACUGAAGCAGGAGGCAGCGCCAGUAACUUCCGCAGCAACUCUUGCUCCCAUUCUACCCGCCAUCAAAGCUCCUUCGCCACCCGCUCCGCGCAUCAAGUUGGAACAACCGUCAAUGCCACCGCAGCCUCAGGAGGAAUUCCGUGUGACACCCAAGCUGAGUUCCCCCACAGAACCUUCCCUUAAGCUGGUCAUCAAUCGCAAUGUGCUGGAGAAGCACGAGAAAACACAUCAUUCCCCUACCACAAAGAGCAGCGCCAAGAGUUUGCCCUCGCCCACGGCCAACAAGGAGGAGCCCAACAUCAAGCUAAAGAUCGAUUUGUCCAAGCAGAACAGCGUGACCAUCAUCAACAUGUCCGAUCCGGAUCGCAAAGAGAUUGUCAAGCCACUGAAACCCGAGAAGGAAUCCCGCUCCAAGAGCAAAAAAGACAAGGACGGCAGUCCGAAGUCCUCGAGCAGCGAACGUAAACGCAAGAGUCCCAGUCCACUGACAGUACCUCCUCUGACCAUCCGCACCGAGCGCAUACUCAGUCCCAAUGGCAUGGGAACUGUGCUCAGUCCGCGAGUUACGAGCGGCGCCUGCGUCGAGGAUCCCAAAUCGGAGUUCCUCAAAUCGUUUGCUUUGACUCCCAUCAAGGUCAAGGUGGAAUCCCCCGAGAAGAGCGCCACACUCAAUGGCAGCAACGGAACACAACCCGCCAGCAACAACAACAACAAGUCAAAGAGUCACCUGGACGACAGCAUGCUCAUGAAGCCGCCCAGUGCGAUGCCACCCAAGUCGAUAGCCUCCUCAAAGCGCAAGAGCAAAGAGCCCAUCAAGGCGGUCUCGAAGAAGCCAAAACUUUCCCCGCCACUGCCACGCGAGGACUUCAAGAUCCGUCUGCCCAUGCCAGCUGGUAAUUCACCUUCGCCAGCUGCCGACAAACCGCUGAUGCCGCCACCAACCGCCAAGGCUCCGAUUGCUGCGGCACGCCACAAGGCGCAACAACAGCAGCAGCAACAGUCGCCAGUGUUGCCACAGUUCACGCCGCCAGCGCCGUUGCAUCAUCAGGGACUACAGAUGGCGGCUCCCGGUAAUCGAACGCCGAUUGCCAAACGCUAUCAGCCCAUUCUGCCAAAGGCAGCGCGUCCCAAUCCGUUUGCCAACAUUCCCAGCGAUGUGAAUCGACUCCUGAAGGAUGCAGGCACCGAGAUCAAGAGCAUUGGCGCAACCUCGCAACCAAAACCUCAUGUCUACGGUCCGAAGAUGUCGCAAGAGCACAAGAUGGGUCCCCCAGCGUUGCCCCCAACAACUCCCAAUGCAGCCAAGACCAACAGCAACUCCAACCACAACAACAACCACAGCAGCAACAACAACUCGACGCACAACGGCAACAACAACAACAAGUCAAACAACUAUUUGAAUCUAGCGCUGUUCAAUGCCAGCAAGUCGAAGGGUAAGGAGGCGCCACCGGGCUGUCGCACGCCCAUGUACACGCCCAAUUCGCCCAUCUAUUCGCCCAGCUCGCCGCAGUACGUGCCCAACUACAACAUACCCACGAUGCCCACCUACAAGUACACGCCCAAGCCAAGCUCCACAACAGCAGCGUCGAAUGCCAGCAACUAUCUGCAAAGCAUGCUAAAUGGCUCAGCAUCGGUUGGUGGCGGUGGCGGAGGUCUUUUCCCCUCGCCACCCACCAAAUCGGAUCAGAACACAAAUCCUGCCAAGCCAACGCAGCAGCAGCAGCAACAGCAACGUAGUGCAAGUCCUUGCGGUGGCGAAGAUGCGCCCGAGAAGCAACAGGUGAAGGUGAAGUCGCUGCUCAACUCGUGCAACAUCAAUAUUCCCUCCUCGCUGUCCAUCACGAUUUCACGUGACAAUGGCGACGCCUCGUCACCCAACAGCGGUGUGCACUCCAAGCACAAGAGUCCGGUGAACAAUUACAUUGAGAUUGUUAAGCUGCCCGAUCAGCCAGCACCCGUUGCCGAAGCGAAACAGGAGAUGGGAAAGCCCGUUAAGCUGCCGGCGCCGCCCAGCAAGACGAUACCAUCGCCACAGCAUUUAUUGGCACGUAUGACACCGCCACAGCAAUUACCAGCAGCUGUCGCAGCUGCCGCCGCCGCUGCUGCUGUGCCACGUGUCAUCACGCCGCCCAAGACGUCGCCCGGUGCUGGUGCGCCAGUUAAUCCACCAUUGAAACCCGUGUUGCAGCCACAGCAGGCGGACAAGAAAACGCCCAGUCCGGAGAAACGCAGCGCGGGUGUCGCUCAAGGCAGCCACUCACCCAACUCCAGCGAGAACAAGUCACCGAAAUCAGCUCAAGCUGGUGCGGGAGUUGGACCAGCUGCUGGCGCACUCGGUGAUCCCGCAGCCAAAAAGUUUCGCCCCAUCCUGCCGCGUCAGAAUGCCGCCAACGAACUUGCACCCAAGCUACCCAACGUCUUGCCUCCCGCCUUCAACCUUGCACCCAAUCUGGCAGCCAGCAAGAAGGUGCCAGCUAGCAAAAAGUCACCCACCGGAGGUAAUCAAGCAGCCGCCAAGCUCAGCAAUGGCAAUCAGGCGUUGUCUAAGAUGACUUCACCUCCCAAAGUGUCGCCAGGUAGCAAGAAGCAGGCGAACAACAGCAACAACAGCAACAACAAGCAGCCAACACCGCCACCGCAAUCAGUUGUGCCGAGCUCAAAGAUGGGUCCGCCAGCCCCGCAUCCGCAUCUCUCGGCACCGCUGAGCAUUGCCUCGAGUGCCGCUGUGGCCGCUGCGGCCAAUCAGCUCGACCUGAGCAACUUCCUCAAGGAGAAUCUAAUGCGCGCCCAGGUGGCUCAAGCACAAGCUCAGGCGCAGGCACAAGCUCAGGCUCAGGCCCAAGCGCAGGCUCAAGCCCAGGCACAGGUGGCACAGCUGUACAACUUGGCAUCCUCGCCCAUGUACAACUAUCAGCAGGCGAUGUUCAUGGAGCAGCUGUCGCGCAUUCAACGCGCCGGCAACGAGGUCUUCAACGAUUAUCUCCAGAAGCUGAAGAGUGCAGCGGCCGGUGGCGAAGCUUCGGGUGGGGAACACAAACCCGUAAUGCCCAUGCUGCCCACCGUCACGCUGCCUAGUCCCGGCGGCCCCGUUGCCCCCGUCGCAGUGGCCGCAAGUCCAAAGACCUCGCCGCUAGCCGGUGGCAAACUGACGCCAGCCGCCACUCCGGGCGCGUUGACCAAAAACAAUGCGAGUCCGAGGCCACAGGCGGCUGCCACGACAAAUGGACUGCCCCUGGCCAAGAGCAAGUGAAGUGCGGCACCCAAACAACCAACCACCCACCCACCCACCAGUUAUCAACCCAAGCCACCCUUAAGCUUAGCGAAGUGAAUGCGUCGCGGCUUCAAAGCGAAGGCCGUGCUCUAAAGGCAGGCACUAAUUAAUAUUUAAAGACCUUCUUUUUGUUCGUUCUGCUUCGUUACUCGUUUUUCUCGUUUUGUACAAAAAACUUUAACACAAAAAUUAAGGCAUUCAAAAGCUGUACAUAUAAAUGUAUUAUUAAAUUAUACACAAAAAUAUUCAUAGAUAUUUUAUAUACAUAUAUAGUCGAUAUAUGAAGACAACGAUUCAGAAUCAAUAUGCUUAAGUAUUUGUAUACCAACAAUGUAAUUUGUAAUUUCACACAACUGCUAAGCACAUUAAAAUUGCAUUGCAAUGAAAGCUCCAGCUGUAGCACGUAAAUACGUAAAAAGAUAAUAAAUUGAAGAGCUUUGGAAGCACAUGGCACAAAGCUCUUCUCCAUUCGAAAUAAGUUAGUAAUUAAGCUAUCGAUUAAGUUGAUUACAUACGAUAUAAGUAUAAAAAGUGUUAUUCUACCGAAUAACCGAAAAUA